CUCAAACGAUAAAAAACAGGUUGUUAUGCAUGAACAGUUCACGAUAGCAUACAUGUAUAGUUGAAGUCAUGUAAAUGUGUAACAUGCUAUAUAUUUGAGCCAUUAUUAAUUUAUUUUGCUAUGUAAUCUACAAAUUGAAUUUGUUGCAGAAUCACGGAAUAUGAACACCAUAUUUGCUGUAUUUCUUCUGCUACCAAUGACUGCAGGAUUGAGAAGUUAUGCUUGUAGUGGAACGAAUGAUCAGCACAAACUAUCUUGUGAAGAAAAUAAAAGGAUUAAUAUUGUGCAUGGUCGAUAUGGCUUUAGAAAUUAUGACUGCGGGAGUUAUUGCAUUCAUUAUUUGGAUUAUUGUGAUUGUCGUCUUGACUUUAACAGUACAGUCGAAUCGAAUCUUAUGGAUUUGUGUAAUGGGAAGAAGACAUGCCGCUUUCGACUACUAAAAUCAUAUUAUGAAAGUGAAAGUUGCUACAAAAUAAUUUACUAUAAAAGAAAAUACUAUAAUUUGUAUAGAUAUUCCUACAUAGAGUAUCAAUGUUUGACAGUCACAACUACCUUACCAACCAUAAAAACAAGCACUACAAGAGAACAAGGCACAACUACCUUACCAACCAGAAGAACAACCACUAAAAGAGAACAAGACAUAACUACCUUACCAGCCAGAAGAACAAUCACUACCAGAGAACAAGACACGCGUCGGGUAUUUACGGAUACAACUACAAUAGAGUCGACUAAACUAGACAAUUCCAAACCUGCAAACUCCACGGAUAAAGAUAGAUCUGGAAGAACGGAAGGUGUUUUAUAUACUACAGAAAUAAACAGUGCUAAGGCUAUUAAUUAUAAUCAACAUACAACAGAUAAGGCUGUUAUUGCUGGAAGCGUCGUAGGAUGUAUUCUUCUGGUCAUAUUAGUUACCAUUGUUGUUGUUUUCAUAUUCAAAAGGAAAACAAUUGGAGCUUUUAUUGACAGUCGCUUCAAAGACAGUCCAAGAGUAUCGAAUCCAGUAUACAAAGAACCAAGCGAUGGCUACAAUAAUAUUGUUUUAAAGAACGAUAAUUCUCCAUCUGUUAAUGUGGUUAAAUCGGACGAUUAUAAUCAAUUGCAUGAUAUCAAGAACGAUAACUCAAUGACAACCAGUAACACGUACAACCACCUGGGGCUAACGAUGGGUGAUUACAACCAUUUACAUACUAAUAACAACAGUCUUCGUGUGGAUGAACAGUCGGGGGCAGCAUAUAAUCAUCUUGGUAUGGUGAAUAAUAAGACACGGAAUUCAGAUUACAAUCAUCUGAACGGUAUAGCGGGUCAUAAAAGCGUUUCAGAAAAAGUUCACUAUGCUAACUACAACCAUCUUGGUGACGUAAAGAGUGAGAUUCCAAAGGCUUAUUAUAACCACCUAGACGAAAACAAGAAGAUUUCCAAUGACGGCUACAGCUAUAUAGAAGGCAUAAGCAACGAGAAGACUAGUGAUGACUACCACCAUCUUGGUAAUGUAACCGAACACAUGUUAAAUGAAGACGAUUACAACCAUAUUGGUGACAAAAAGCACGACGCCAUUGUAGAGUACGAACUAGCUCAUAAUGGCGAUUUACAUGUCCGGACAGAACAAGCAGCAGAGGAUGUCCAGUACGAGACAGCUGACGAUGAAAGGGGAGAUUACUCCAAUCUUUCUGAACACCAAUCUAACUAUGAAAAUUUUCCCAUUUCGGGUCAUCAAACAUGUGGGUAAUAUCAUAACUUAUGAUCGUACAAUAACUACCGGUACCUAACAUGAUAGUAUUAUUAUUCUGUAUUAAAAUACAGAUGUGACGUCAUCCAUUUAUGUUGGCGUACCAUUAUUUCAAAUAAUCGUACGGGCAAUGUUCCAAGUGUAACUAGUUAAAAUAUUGAACCCGAGUGACGUGCAAAGCACGUGCAAGUGUCUGUAUUUUAAGUUGUUUAAUGGUCUCGAGCUUAAGACAUUGAGUAAUAUAUUGUAAAAACACUAGGGCCUCACGGCCCUUUUGUUGUUACAAUAUAUUACUUAAUUAUAAUGUCUCGUUCUCGACCAUUAAACAAUACUUAUUUUAGGGUUUGAAUAGAUUAAGUGAUGGAUAAUUUAAUGUAAAACUGGAUAAUUGAGACUUUGUAUAUAAUUGUCCUAACGUUAGUAAUGACGAUCGGGGCUAGCCUAAAACUGAAUCGCUAAUAUCUCGGUUCAGAGAGAAGACAUUUAAUGACUGAAAUUUUCAGCAUAUUCUAUUUUCAUUAUCUAUUUGUGUUAACUAUUAUAGCGAGAACUGUCAUGAUCAGCUCUUUAUCUUAUCUUGCCCAAUCCCCCUAUAAGAUAUAAAAUGCUUUAUUAUAUAAGAUAUAUAUAGUCUAUUUUUAUAGACAUUUAUCGAUAACAUGGAUGUUUGUUUUAACAUGUUGAAGUUAUAGUUUGUUUAUUGUAGAAAUGUAUGUUAAUUUCACAAUUUUAUGCAAUUUUGAUGACAAUAUAUUUUUAUAUCCAAAAGAUCUCGGAUGAAUUCGAUUUUGGCGCGUUUUGGAUCGUAGCUUCUUGGAUUAUACCCUCUGAUUCUACGAAAAUUUACGUUUUUAACUUGUUGACCCUCUAACGGUAACAAUUUUGAUCCUAAUUAGAUAAAACUUAAAGGAUCUAAAGCGCUAAUAUUUGGGACCUACAAAUUGACACAAAUGGGUCGCAACGUAUAUAAUAAUGUAAUA